CUCUCGUGCGCACAGUGUUCAACUUCAGUGUGCAGAAGAAGGGAGGGGUGUUAACACACACAUUCUUCUGGAUUCUCCGCGACAGACCUCUCCAUAAACACUCCUCAGGGGCGCCGUUUACCGACAGGCAAGGCAGGCAAGUGCUUGGACCAGAAGGGGGCCCCCAAAGAAGCAUGGCGGAGGCUCACCAGGCGGUGGCGUUCCAGUUCACCAUCACUCCAGAGGGGAUCGACCUGCAGCUCUCAUACCAGGCUCUGAACCUGAUCCUCCGGUCGGGGGUUCGGUCCUGGAAGAAGAGAGUCAGCAGAAUGAGGAACGGCGUGAUAAAGGGGGUGUACCCGGCCAGCCCCUCCUCCUGGCUGUUCGUCGUCAUAGCGAUACUCGCCACCAUGUACAUGCGCUCUGACCCCAGCAUGGGUCUGAUCACCAAGAUACAGCAGCACCUGCCACUCAGCCUCCACGUGUCCCUCAGCUCUCAGGGUCAGACCAUGCUGUCGGCUCUGCUCUUCAGCACGCUGCUCUGGCUCAGCCUCAUCCUGGCUCUCAGGUUCUGUCUGAAGCUGCUGCUCUCAUACCAUCAGUGGAUGUUCGAGCAGCACGGACGAGUCUCCAACACCACCAAGAUCUGGGUGACUCUCCUCAGGCUGUUAUCCAGCAGGAAGCCUCUGCUCUACAGCUAUCAGACGUCUCUACCUCACCUUCCAGUUCCUGUGAUCAAAGAGACUCUCAACAGGUACCUGCUGUCUGCUCGCCCCCUGCUGACGGACGAAGGUUACGAACGGAUGACUAAACUUGCGGCUCAGUUUGAAAACAACCUGGGGAACCGUCUGCAGAGAUACUUGAAGCUCAAAGCUCUGUGGGCCACCAACUACGUGAGCGACUGGUGGGAGGAGUACAUCUACCUGAGGAGCCGAGGACCAAUCAUGGUCAACAGCAACUACUACGGCAUGGACUUCCUCUACGUUUCCCCCACUUCGGUGCAGGCGGCUCGGGCCGGAAACACCAUCACCGCCCUGCUGCUGUACCGACGCAAAGUGAACCGCGAGGAACUCAAACCGAGUCGAGUUCCAGGCACCGUCAUCCCUCUGUGUGCCGCCCAGUGUGAGAGGAUGUUCAACACAACAAGAACACCUGGAGAGGAGACGGAUGUUCUGCAGCACUGGCAGGACAGUGAGUUUAUCGCCGUCUACCACCGGGGGCGCUACUUCCGCCUCUGGGUUUAUCGAGCGGGUCGUCUGCUUUCCCCCCGAGAAAUAGAGCUUCAGAUCCAGAGAAUCCUGGAGGAUCAAUCUGUCCCUCUGCCUGGAGAGGAGAAGCUGGGAGCGCUGACUGCAGGAGACAGGGUUCCUUGGGCUAAGAUCAGAAAGCAGUAUUUCAGCUCUGGGAUCAAUAAGCGAUCUCUGGAUAUCAUCGAGAGGUCGGCCUUCUUCGUGACGCUGGACGAUGAAGAACAAGGCAUGAAGGGAGACGAUCCCGUGGGAAAUCUGGACCGAUACGCCAAAUCUAUUCUGCACGGGAAGUGCUACGAUCGGUGGUUCGAUAAGUCUUUCUCCAUCGUGAUCUACAAGAACGGGAAGAGUGGCCUCAACGCAGAACACUCCUGGGCCGACGCACCUACUGUGGCUCACCUGUGGGAGUACACUCUGGCCACCGAUGCCUUCCAGCUGGGAUACACUGAGGACGGACACUGUAAAGGAGACGUGGACCGGUCACUUCCCCUCCCUCAGAAACUGACCUGGGACAUUCCCUCAGAG